ACCAGACCACAUUUUUUAAGUAAAUAUUUUUGGCAUUUCCUUGUCAAUUGCUACUCCUCCUACGUCUAAAUACAAAUUAAUUUGACCAAAAAAAAAAGAAAGGAAAAAAAAAUACGUUCAUAGCAAGCCACUACUUACAUUUCCUUCGUCCAUAAGAAUCGAACUUCUCUCCUGUUAUCUUCCUCCCCGAACGCUCGUCAGAUUUUAGGAACACAAAAGAAGCAGAGCUGGGAAAGGAAGUGAGAGAUGGGGAACUGCAUUGAGCUGCAGAAGCCAAUCUUAUGGGUAGACGACGACUACGAUGACGCCGACGACAUGGAGGCGGCGGCCGAAAGCCCUGCAUAUCGCCGUGCAACAAAACCCAAGGCCGCGGAAGUAAUACCCACGUCGGCGGCCGGUUGCAAAGAAAGGGCGACGGCGGUGGCUUCCACUGAGAUCAAGAUCAAGAUGAGCAAGAAGCAACUGCAAGAGCUUCUACGUCAAGUGGAGGAGCAGGGUUUGCCGCUGCAGAAACUCAUGGCGGAUCUCCUGGUAGUGCAGGAGAUUUGCCUCGAAAACAGAGACGUCACUAAGGAUGCGCAUUGGAGACCCAAUCUGCAGAGCAUACCAGAGUAAUUGAACAGAUGUAGAUUCUUUGGACAAGAUUGAUCAUGGUGGGAGAAAACCUUGCUUUCAUAUUGACUAUACCAUUGAUUGAUUGAUCCUAAUAUUCCCAUCUCUCCCCUGAGAGAGGGCUACUCUGUAUAGGUUAGGGGAUUACUGAUUAGAUGGUAUCAGAUGAUGCUGUUAAGCAAGGAGAAAUGGGCCUAUUCGGAUAAAUCUUUCUUCCUCUGCCUUUCAACUCCUUCCCAGAUCUAACUGUAAACCUUCCUGUACGUGUACACUUGUAGAAUUUUUUUCUUCUUUUCAGGAGAUCGAAUUUGGUAUUCUGGUUUAUAUAUCUUGGCAAGUUUGUGUGAAAUAAAUGACU